CUGAUACAUCAAUGUAUCCCCUGUAACCACUACACCAACACCUGUUUUUUAUAUCUAUUGAUAAAUAUUAAUUUAAGUUUUAUAAUAAAGAUACAAAAUACGAUAAAUUGAGGGACAUGUGCCUCCCUAGCCCAUAUGUGGCUCCGCCGAUGGCCGGAGAUGUUAAUCCCAACAAGGACUUAAAUGACAAAACAGCAGGGGGCUCACGUGCUAAAAACACAAACGCUAGGCAUAAGCCAAAAAUCAGCGGAUGAAGAAAACUAAGAAAGUUUCUAGUUCUUUGUGAUCCAUAAGAUCUAGUACGGAUUCUCCAAAGAAUGGAAUUUGACACCAACUUUGGAUUUUGCUCCACUUCUACGCUGACCCACCCAGCUGUAGCUUCCAUUUAACUCCUCUUCGGCCUCCUAAAGCCAAAAAAUUGGGAGAUCCCCAGAAGGAAAAGAAAAACGACCUGAAGUCUGUCAACUCCCUUUCUGCAUGGUUUUUUAGUUUUCAUUCUAUACAAAGCUCCCUACACUAACCAGGAAAGAUGGCCCAUGGUGGUGGUAAUCGUCGUGAUACAACCAUUGACAUUGGUAAAACUACAAAGUUUAAUGGUGGGCUUGAGUUUUUUGACCUUACUUAUACUGUGUUAAAAGACAAGGAAUAUGAAGGGAAAAUGGUGAAGCAAGAAGUAGACUUGUUGCACAGAAUUUCGGGGUAUUCACCAAAAGGAAGUAUCACUGCAGUAUUAGGUCCCAGUGGGGCUGGAAAAUCUACCUUUUUGGAUGGUCUAGCAGGAAGAAUUGCAAGUGGAAGCCUGAAGGGCAGAGUUUCUUUGGAUGGCAUGGAUAUGAGCCCAGGCUUGAUUAAAAGAACUUCUGCAUAUAUCAUGCAAGACGACAGGCUUUUCCCAAAGCUCACUGUAUAUGAGACUCUGAUGUUUGCAGCAGACUUCCGGCUUGGUCCGAUUCCGACAUACGAAAAAAAGCAACGAGUGGAAAACAUGAUUGAGCAGCUUGGCUUAUCUUCAGCUCGAAACACCUAUAUUGGAGAUGAAGGAACAAGAGGGGUGUCUGGGGGUGAACGAAGAAGAGUAUCAAUUGGGGUGGACAUCAUCCAUGGGCCAUCACUGCUCUUCCUUGAUGAGCCAACUUCAGGACUAGACUCCACCAGUGCUUAUAGUGUCAUUGAAAAGGUGCAUAACAUAGCUCGCACUGGCAGCACUGUGGUCCUUACAAUCCACCAGCCAUCGUCACGAAUCCUAUCAUUCUUAGACCAUCUCAUCAUCCUUGCUCGAGGACAGCUUAUGUUUCAAGGGUCACCAAAGGAUGUUAAUCACCAUCUCAGUGCAAUGGGACGAAAAGUGCCUCAAGGGGAAAGUCCAAUUGAAUAUCUUAUGGAUGUUAUUCGAGCAUAUGAUCAGUCUGAAUUUGGAGUGGAGGUACUUGCUGAGUUCGCUAGAACAGGAAUGAAACCCCCCCACUUGACCGAUGAAGAGAUUUCACUAUCUACUAUACAAGCCUCGCCGGUUUCAUCCUUUCAUUCUAGUGUACAAAAAACUGGCAACAUUGCAACUGGAAAACGGCUCCAUUUGCAAACUAACUCUCAUGCUUUAAAUGAUUAUAACCAUAGUUUGAGAAGCCCUUAUAAUACAUCAAGAUCAUGGAGUGCGAGUAAUAGUGUGGUUAUGCAGGCAUUGAGGCUGCCACAAAGACAACAAGAAGGAGAAAAGAAUCGUAAUCAGAUGAGUAAUUCGUCAGCCUCUUAUGCAUAUUCAUUUGACGUUCUGCAUGGCACACCAACACCUCACAGCAGUGAUUACACAGUAAAUGAAAAUGACUACCUGACUUCAAAUAUCGGUUCCAAAUCUGUUACCAUCCACAAUAAUCUAGGCAAAAAGAUUUCAAACUCAUUCUUCUCUGAGACCUGGAUUCUUAUGCGUAGAAAUUUUAAGAACAUCUCAAGAACCCCCGAGCUGUUCCUCUCAAGGUUGAUGGUCCUCACAGUUAUGGGAUUUAUGAUGGCUACAAUGUUCAUGAAGCCUAAAGAGAAUACCCAAGGAAUCACAGACCGUCUCAGCUUCUUCAUCUUUACCGUCUGUCUCUUCUUUUUCUCUUCCAAUGAUGCUGUCCCAGCAUUCAUACAAGAACGUUUCAUUUUCAUCCGCGAAACUUCCCACAAUGCCUACAGAGCAUCAUCCUACACCAUAGCUGGUCUGAUUACUCAUCUGCCUUUUCUUGGCCUGCAAGCUCUAGUCUAUGCUGGGAUAGUUUGGUUUGCUUUGAAACUUCGAGGAUCUUUCAUAUAUUUCCUAAUAGUCCUCUACAUGUCCCUUCUUUCAACAAACUCAUUCGUUGUAUUCAUUAGCUCAGUAGUACCGAACUAUAUCUUGGGUUAUGCAGCUGUGAUUGCUUUCACUGCCCUUUUUUUCUUGUUCUGUGGGUACUUCUUAAACAGCCACGACAUUCCUCCUUACUGGAAGUGGAUGAACAAGAUUUCCACGAUGACAUAUCCAUAUGAAGGGCUGUUGAUGAAUGAGUAUCAGACACCCAUUUCUUUCGGGAAGCAAUCCAAUGGAACUGAUAUUUCUGGUAUCAACAUAUUGGAAAGUCUCCAUAUCAGUACCGAUUCAGACAAAAAGUGGGAAAAUGUGGCUGUGAUGUUUGCAUGGGCCGUGCUUUAUAGGAUUCUAUUCUACCUAAUUCUUCGUUUUGCAUCCAAGAACCAGAGGAAGUGAAGAACCAAGGAUAUGGUCAUAAACUUGUUCUUACAUUAGAUUGCUGAUUUAAUUCAGAGUGAAUUUUGCUUUCAUUUUCCCUCUUUUUUUCUUGUAUUGGAAACCAAGUUCUACUUACAUCAGUGAAACUGCAGCAAAAAAAUGACUCAAUUUCCUGGGAGAAUCCAAAGUUAAAAUAACAGCAACGAAGUUCUUGAAUUUGGACAAAACAAAUUCAGGAGCUAUCCAUAUUAGCUUAGGAGGUUCAUAUUCAAAUGCAGGGUCACCCUCAUAUCCAUAUUCCAAUUCUAAAUACUCUCCCAAAAUAAGUCUUGGCAGUUCACCUUCCUCUCUAAGUCCCGUUCGUUCAUUCUCUCUUUCAUCCUUGUUUUCUGUUUUCUCCAUGUAACUUAAUUUUGGAUGAAUUAAAUGCAUUGCUAUUGAAAAACUAUAUCCUAUUAUAGAGCACGCAAACAAAUCAAUUUCUUCAUUGGAGAUGAUCAAAUUUUUGAAAAACCUAAAUUCCGACUUCCUCGUUGGUAUUUUGCACAGAAGUCGCUUCUUCGCCAACUUAUGCCUUAGGUUUAAAUUUUCAUGGCCUACCGGUUAGAAUCUACAUUAGCUUGGUGGAAUCUUCACUGGUGUCACAGCUGCUCAUUUAUGAUUACUAAGAAUCUGGAGCAUCCGGCAAAAGGUCAUAGACAACAAAAUAACAUUUAUUAUGUUUGCAUAUUUCAAGGAAUCAAAUAUGUAGAGAACCCAACAAUAAUAUUAAGGGGCUAAGAAAAAUGCAAUAGAAAAGGCCAAGAACAAUCAAUCAGUGUUGGCUAAGGAAAAUGCAAUAGAAAAGGCUAAGACAAUUAUUUCAUCAAUUAAUUUGAACUUCCUGAUUAUAUGAAGGAAAUCUAUGAAGGAAAUUUGAAAUGAUAUGGUGGACGGACUGAUGAAGAGUGGAGAUAAUUUAAAGGACAAGAUGACCCAAAGAACUUGGAGGGGUAUUUUGAACAACCUUCACCAAAGACUCUUUGAGUCGUGCCAUUUAACAACUUGCUAGUGAUUCCAUAAGUUGAGCAAAAGAACUAAAAUGAUCCUGGAGAAAUUGUGUCAACUAAUUCACAUUUUAAUGCUAGUUUGACCAACGCUCAGGGUAACAGGUUAACCAGACACAAUUGUCUUGUUCCAUUGACAUCAAAUAUACUUUUCCCUCUUUAUCAUAAUAGUACAUAUUCCCUGUUCAAGCACCCAACGUAAAUCUGAAUUCAAGUAGAUCAGUAUAACAGCACUAGACAGAUAUGAUUUUACCAUCAAUGUGUUUUCAUAAUUUGGGUUACACAAGAUCCUCAUAUUUCGUUUACACUGGUGAAAACAAGACAAAAAUUAUAACAGGAGCUGUCUCUUUUUAUACAAGGUAGAGUAAACA